AACCUGCAUUUUGUCGCCUUGGGGUUGGUGGUAUUGGUUAACGGAAUGCUCAUACACAUUUUGCACACAAACAAUGUCAACCUUGCAUCAAGAGUGGAAGAAUUGGAAAGAAAAAUAUUAAAUGAGAAAGAUAUUGAAAAGUUGCGAGCUGAUGUUAAAGCAUUAGCAAGCUGGAGUUUAGAUAUGGAUGCAAAGGGUCAGAAAAUGGAAGAAACGGCUCAGAAAAUGGAAGAAACGACUAACAAAAUGGAUAAAAGAUUAGAUAAAUUAGAUGAAUCACUGACGAAUGAAGCAGGAAUAUUUGAUCAAAUGUUAGCAAAAUUAGAACCUAAAGUCAUGCAUGCCAUAUCUAACGAUUUUGGCGGGAGACUCACGAAAACUACUUCAGAAAUUAUCCUCACGGCGUGAGACACAUUUCUCACGAAUUUCAAUCGGUCUCACGAAAAGAAACGAAAUUUUGUCAAUCUUAUUGAAUAAACAAUAACUACAUGGAUUCACACUGACCUUGGUUACUGAAGUCGAACGCCAGUCAGGGGCGGAUCCAGGAUUUCCUAAAAGG